AGAACGCGACCUGAAGAAGACGCUUCACCCUCAAGAGUUUUGCUUCCGGUGUGCCGCGUCCUUUUCCUCUUUCCACACCGUGAGAGAUAGGGAGGAUUUGGCCCUCCGACAAAAUCCAACGCCAUCCACCUUUAUAGGUGAUUCUUUCCUGCGCCAAAAUGACCGAGCAGAUGACGGUAAGGGGUACCCUUAAGGGUCACAGUGGAUGGGUCACCCAAAUCGCCACAACACCCCAAUUUCCCGACAUGAUUUUGUCCGCGUCCCGGGACAAGACCAUCAUCAUGUGGAAGCUGACCCGUGAUGAGACCAACUAUGGCAUCCCCCAGCGUGCUCUGAAGGGCCAUUCCCACUUCGUGAGUGAUGUUGUCAUCUCAUCUGAUGGUCAGUUCGCCCUGUCUGGCUCCUGGGACAGCACCCUGCGGCUGUGGGAUCUGACAACUGGCACUACAACCCGCCGUUUUGUUGGACACACCAAGGAUGUUCUGAGCGUGGCCUUCUCUGCUGACAACCGUCAGAUUGUGUCUGGAUCCAGAGACAAGACCAUCAAGCUGUGGAACACCCUGGGAGUCUGCAAGUACACCAUCCAGGAUGACAGCCACACUGAGUGGGUUUCAUGCGUGCGUUUCUCUCCCAAUAGCAGCAACCCCAUUAUUGUGUCCUGCGGGUGGGAUAAAAUGGUCAAGGUAUGGAAUCUUGCUAACUGCAAGCUGAAGACCAACCACAUUGGCCACACUGGAUACCUGAACACAGUGACCGUGUCUCCUGAUGGAUCUCUGUGUGCCUCCGGUGGAAAGGAUGGGCAGGCCAUGCUAUGGGACCUGAAUGAAGGCAAGCACCUUUACACCCUGGAUGGUGGGGACACCAUCAACGCCCUUUGCUUCAGCCCUAACCGCUACUGGCUGUGUGCCGCCACUGGACCCAGCAUCAAGAUCUGGGAUCUGGAGGGCAAGAUCAUAGUUGAUGAGCUGAGGCAGGACAUCAUCACCACCAACAGCAAGGCUGAGCCACCUCAGUGCACUUCUCUGGCCUGGUCUGCUGAUGGACAGACUCUCUUUGCUGGCUACACUGACAACCUGAUCAGAGUGUGGCAGGUGACCAUUGGAACCAGAUAGAAGCCUUUUCUAAUGCCUGAAUAAAAAGUUUUAAAAAGAGCUAUAAUUGACUGUUUACUUUCUCUGCCUUUCAAUAAACUAAAAACUGAAAUGUAA